UUGCCGAGGAGUGCACCAAGUAUAAGGUCAGCACCUGCCGGGACUGCAUCCAGUCGGGGCCUGGCUGUUCCUGGUGCCAGAAGCUGAACUUCACUGGGCCAGGGGAACCUGACUCCAUUCGCUGUGACACCCGAGAGCAGCUGCUAAUGAGGGGCUGUGCGGCUGAUGACAUCAUGGACCCCAGGAGCCUUGCGGAAGCCCAGGAAGACCGGGAGAGGGGUCAGAAGCAACUGUCCCCACAAAAAGUGACACUUUACCUGAGACCAGGUCAGGCGGCUGUGUUCAACGUGACCUUCCGGCGGGCCAAGGGCUACCCCAUCGACCUGUACUACCUGAUGGACCUCUCCUACUCCAUGCUGGAUGACCUCAUUAACGUCAAGAAGCUGGGCGGUGACCUGCUCCGGGCCCUCAAUGAGAUCACAGAGUCUGGCCGCAUUGGCUUUGGGUCCUUUGUGGACAAAACUGUGCUGCCCUUUGUCAACACACACCCUGAGAAGCUGAGGAACCCGUGCCCCAACAAGGAGGUGGGCUGCCAGGCACCAUUUGCCUUCAGGCACGUGCUGAAGCUGACCGACAACGCCAACCAGUUCCAGACAGAGGUCGGGAAGCAGCUCAUCUCUGGAAACCUGGACGCCCCUGAGGGUGGGCUGGAUGCCAUGAUGCAGGUCGCAGCCUGCCCGGUAAGGCUGCUGCCCCUUCAUGGAUCUGCAGUUUCCCUGACGUGGGUGCUUCCAUCAAGUGCUGCAGGGCCACCCACACUAGCCAGUGGGUCAUCUUAGGAACAGGCACCCAGGUCCCUCGUCACACCUGUGGCAUUGCCAACCUCGACCUGGGGAGAGCAGCCCCAGGUGCCUCCCAGGUGGGAAACAGGGCCAGCAGGGCAGGACACCUCAACUCUAAGCACAGCCACUCUUUGCCCACAGAAACUCUCCUCCAGGGUCUUCCUGGAUCACAGCACCCUCCCCGACACCCUGAAAGUCACCUAUGACUCCUUCUGCAGCAAUGGAGUGUCACACACCGGCCAACCCAGAGGGGACUGUGACGGCGUUCAGAUCGGUGUCCCGGUGAGCCUUCCUGUGCAGCCGAGGGCGACAAAGUGUGUCCAGGAGCAGUCAUUUGUCAUCCGUGCACUGGGCUUCACAGACACCGUGACUGUUCAGGUCCUUCCCCAGUGUGAGUGUCAGUGCCGGGACCAGAGCCGGGACCGCAGCCUCUGCCAUGGCAAAGGCUCCUUGGAGUGUGGUGUCUGCAGGUGCGACGCGGGCUACAUCGGGAAAAGCUGUGAGUGCCAGACGCAGGGCCGGAGCAGCCAGGAGCUGGAAGGAAGCUGCCGGAAGGACAACAACUCCAUCGUCUGCUCGGGGCUGGGCGACUGCAUCUGCGGGCAGUGCGUGUGCCACACCAGCGACGUCCCCAACAAGCAGAUCUAUGGGCGGUACUGCGAGUGCGACAACGUCAACUGCGAGCGCUACGACGGCCAAGUCUGCGGAGGCCCGAAGAGGGGGCUCUGCUUCUGUGGCACGUGCAGCUGCCAGACCGGCUACGAGGGCUCGGCCUGCCAGUGCCAGAGUUCCACUGACGGCUGCCUUAACCAGUGGGGCAAGGAGUGCAGUGGCCGGGGCCGGUGCCGCUGCAACGCGUGUGAGUGCUACCCGGGCUACCAGCCGCCACUGUGCCAGGAGUGCCAGGGCUGCAACUUCACCUGCAGCAACUACACCUUCUGUGCAGAGUGUCUGCAGUUCAACAAGGGCCCCUUCGAGAAGAACUGCAGCGCAGCGUGCAGGGGGUUACAGCUGCAGAAGGAGCCCCUGAGCUGGAGAAGGUGCAAGGAGCAGGACUCGGAGGGCUGCUGGAUGACCUACACGAUGAAGCAGCUCGACGGGUGGGAACAGUACCACAUCCACGUGGAGAAAACACGAGAAUGUGUGGAGGGCCCCAACAUUGCUGCCAUCAUAGGGGGCACCGUGGCGGGGGUUGUGCUCAUCGGUGUCCUGCUGCUGGUCAUCUGGAAGGCCCUGACCCACCUGAGUGAUCUCCGGGAGUAUAAGCGCUUUGAGAAGGAGAAACUCAAGUCCCAGUGGAACAACGAUAACCCCCUUUUCAAGAGUGCCACCACGACAGUCAUGAACCCUAAGUUUGCCGAGAGUUAGGAGCCAGUCAGCAGGACCUCCACCACCACAUCUCCCCCGUCACACAACCAAGACGCUUACAGCUGUAGACGGCAGCACCAAUUAACCAAAAAUCCACUGCUUUUUCUGUCUCAACCUGACAGAUAAAGGCAGGUAUUUAUAUGGACCCCCCUCCCAGGAGGAGCAGCCUCCCCUUCUGACAUACACAGAUCUUUCCACAAGAGGGGGGUGGGGGUGGGGCAGGGAGGUUUGCUAAGUCUUAGGAGGCUGGACUGAGGGUUUCCUGUGUGCGAGUUAGGAGAGUGGACUGGUUAAAAGUGGCGCCAGUUUGUUUAUAUUUAAACAUAUCAGAGUAUAAAACAAAAUUGAUUAUAUUAUUAACCAAUCAUGUGCAUGGAAAAACAAAAUAAAACCUCAGUGCAAGCUGUC